CCAAACGCCACCCCUCGUUGGCUCGUUCCGCAUCUCGACUUCAGCGCGGACAGAGUAGCCAAAAGCCACACUGAAAACCUCCGGCCAUCCCACCACCACCAUGGGCGGCGGCGGAGGCGACGGGCCUCCUCCAGGGAGCUCCGCGAACGGCGGCGAGUUCCUCCUCUCCUCCUCCGGCGUCCCCCCAGCCCCAGCCCCAGCCCCAGCCCCAGCCCCCGCCGCCGCCGCCGCAGCAGCAGCAGCGCCACCACCACCCGCCGCAGCCGUUGACCAUCGACCCGGCUCGCCGCCGUGGGCCCCACGAUCGGCUUCCCGGCCCGCCGCCCAACGGCCGCGACUUCUCCGCCCCGCCGUGGGCCCCCACCACCACCACGCCGCCGCCGCCGCCCCUCCACCUGUCUACCCGCACAGCUUGUUCGGGGUCGCUCCCGGAGGGAACCAAUUGCCCGCGAAUCAUCACAAUCAGGGGCCGCCGGUCGAUGAUUUCAGGAGGCUGGGGCUGGGAGGGUUUGACGAGAGAGGGGUGGCGCCUCACAAUCUCGCUCAACAGUUGAAGCAACUGCAACUGCACCACCAGCACCAGCAGCAGCUGCAGCUGCAGCUGCAGCGUCAGCAGCAAGAGCAAAGCCUGCGGUUCGGCUCUUUUCCUCCUAAAAUCAUACCUUCCGAGGUUGUUUCGGUUGAAAAUUCAGUUUUUGACUCUGCAAGAGAGCCUAACAUGGGUUCUGGCAGUAGAGGCAGCGAUAGGUUUGAGAAAAAUCGGCAAUUUAGUCCGCGGGGGAAUUCGGGCGCCAGUGUAAAUGCUGCUUGGCGUGGGAAUAACGAGCUUGGAGAGCAGGAGAGGCGAGCGGUCGGGCGGGGAAAGCAGAACCACGUGGGGAAUGAUAGGCAAAUGCCACCAGGGUUUCCAGCGAAGCCGGCUGGAAGAGGGAAUUCGGGUUUUGGUAACUGGAGGAUAGAUUUUGAGCGUAAUGUGGAUGGGGAAAGGAAUAAUCAGAACGAGUGGAAUCAUAAGAACGCGAGUGGGAAUUCGGGUUUUGGUAACUGGAGGAUAGAUUUUGAGCGUAAUGUGGAUGGGGAAAGGAAUAAUCAGAACGAGUGGAAUCAUAAGAACGCGAGUUCUAAUGAUGGGGAUGUGAUAGGGAGGAAAUUUCACUUCGAUGAUCAUAGAAUGCCUAGCAGAAAUUCAGGGGUGACGCAGCUGAGCGAGCAGCUUGAUCGCCCUGGUCCACCGACUGGGAGUAACCUUUAUUCAGUUUCUGCCUCGGACAUAGAGGAGUCUGCUGCUCUGCAUCGUGAGGUUGUUGAGAACGAUAGUAAAGGAGAAGAGGAGGGAGAGGGGGCUGCGGUGAAGAGAGCUGGUAAGUUAGGUGCUAAUGAAUCUGAUGAUUUGCUUGAGGACGAACUUGAUGAGAAAAAUGAGAGAAGGCAGCAACGAAGUCAACGAGAAAAGGAUUUCAGGUCAGACUCCAGAGGACAAAGGCUACUUACACAGCGAAUGAGGAACUUUAAAAGUUCAAUGGAGUGUCGCUGGGACAUAGACAGGCUGAAUGUUCCCUUUCUUGCAAUUUAUGAUUCCUUGAUACCACCUGAAGAAGAAAAGGCUAAGCAGAAGCAGUUGUUGACAAUGUUGCAGAAGUUAGUCAGCAAAGAGUGGCCAGAAGCUCGGUUAUACCUGUAUGGAUCAUGUGCCAACUCUUUUGGAGUUUGCAAGAGUGAUAUUGAUGUGUGCCUUGCUAUUCAGGAUGCCAACAUUGAUAAAUCAGAGGUUAUACUGAAAUUAGCAGACAUAUUCGAAUCAGAUAAUUUACAAGAUGUGCAGGCACUAACCCGUGCUAGGGUCCCCAUAGUAAAGCUUAUGGAUCCAGCUACAGGAAUAUCUUGUGAUAUAUGCAUUAACAAUGUCUUGGCAGUUGUUAAUACAAAGCUUCUGCGAGAUUAUGCCCAAAUAGAUGUGAGAUUGCGGCAGUUGGCAUUUAUUGUGAAACAUUGGGCGAAAUCCAGAGGAGUAAAUGAAACUUAUCAAGGCACAUUAUCCAGCUAUGCGUAUGUGCUGAUGUGCAUUCACUUCUUGCAACAGCGUAGACCUGCUAUUCUUCCAUGCUUACAGGAGAUGGAGGCAACCUACGCUGUCACUGUUGAUAAUAUAGAAUGCGCUUUCUUUGAUAAAGUGGAGAAGCUCCGUGACUUUGGAUCACGUAACAGGGAAACCAUUGCGCAGUUGGUGUGGGCAUUUUUUCACUAUUGGGCAUAUUGUCACGAUUACACAAAUACCGUCAUAUCCGUUCGCACCGGAAGCUUGCUCAGCAAGCGGACUAAGGACUGGACAAGGAGAAUCGGGAAUGAUCGGCAUCUGAUCUGCAUAGAAGAUCCAUUUGACGUGUCGCAUGACCUGGGAAGAGUGGUGGACAAGUUCAGCAUUAAAGUACUGAGGGAAGAGUUUGAACGUGCUGCUGAGAUCAUGCAGUACGAUCCGAACCCCUGCGUGACUCUGUUCAAACCAUACAGUGCCUCAUAAACGCGAUGCUUAAUUUAUAAGCCAGGUUGAUUUGUAAAUCUCAUGCAUCUUAUCUAACCUGUAAAAAGCCCUCUCUUUUCUAGAUUUUGAUUGGGACCUUGCCUUUGUUCAUAGUCUGUGUUCAGAGUAUGAUUGCCUUUUUUAGUUUUUGCUCAUGGACUUCUCCAUCAAGGUUUUAUGGGUUGUGUCAAUUGUAAUAUUUAAUAAGACUUGUCUACAUAAAAGCCCUUUAGAAUGAUCUUUAUCCU